AUGAAAGAGCAACUCCCUCAGUCCCAGUCUCAGCCUGUGGCCAGCCAUGAUCUGCCUGAUGAUCUGGAAGCUCAGAUCCGCCAGGCGCAAGACCAGUUGGUCAGGUUGAAAAGACAGCGUCAGCUCAUUGAGAUCCAGCAACAAGUGGCCGAUGAAGAGAGAGCUCUGGAAGAAGCUCGUCUCCGUCUGGUAGCUACCAUGAGCAAGGAUCCUACACCUCCAACUCUGACACAGCCAACCCCGAGAGCCAUUGAGACAAGUAAUUCUCCACGAGCAAAUCCAACUGUUCCAGUCCACACCCCGAAGAAGCCCACAGCCGACCACCCUGCACCAACCACGAACACUCUCUCGGCUUUGGCACUCGAUCAACUGCGGACACUCGCGGCAGCAAGCAGAUCCCCCACGUCAGCAAUCAUCAAGACCGAGCCCACCACGACUCUCGCGCCCACCGCUCCGGCCUUUCAACCUUCCUACAUACUUCCCUCGAAUGACGAUCACCACCUUGGCCCGCCGGUCCCGAACGUGCCAGUUUACAAUGGACGCGCUCUAGGGGAAUACAAGAACUACUCAAUGGGCCUUGACCGUCACUUCGCCAAAUAUCCCGAAUACUAUAACACCGAGCAACGCAAGCUUACCCGAGCUCUUAAGCACGUCACACUUGGCCUGGAAGAUGAGUGGAAGCGUCACACGCGUAACCUACCCAGUGACCAAGUCACGUAUUCUGCGUUCUGCACAUUUCUCAUCCAUCAACUCCAAACCGGAGUUUACCCGGAGACCGCACGAGCCCGUUACAAGGAUAGCUUCCAGCGGCCCGCGCAGUCGGUGACUGAUUUUUCCAACUGGAUGCAGCAGUGGGAACCCCAUUUCAAUGAGAGAAUGACCGAGCGCGAUCGCAUGCGCCACCUCUUCGAGCACUUACUCCACAAGGUGCGCAGCGAGGCGGAAAAGACUUAUCUGGACUUUGUCAACUACAAUGACUUUGUCACUUACUUGCAGGAAGUUGAGGACAACCUCGCAGCCCGCGGCGACUCCCUCAGUCGCCGGGGAAACCCCAGAAAGCGCCAUCGAAGCCACAGCUGA